GUGGACUAUUUAAAAAUAGUGGAACAAUGAGUCGCUUAACCGACCGGAAAGAACGGUUCAAUUCCCUGAACGAACUUACCGGUCUUGCUCAGUGCUUACUGGAUAGAAACAUUCUAAUCGACUUACGGAACGAGUCUUCGGUGGCCGGCAAAAUCACCAACGUCGACGGCUUUAUGAACAUUUCGAUGGAAAAUGUGGUGUUAAUUGAUCAGCUUGGGAAGCAUUUCCCGAUGGAGGAGUUUAUGAUCUAUCCGCGGUACAUUCGUUACAUACACAUUCCAGAAUCGGUUGAGAUUAAACCAGCUCUAGAGGAACACAUCAGGAAACUUACGACGCGAAAACGAAGACCUCCGGUGAAGAGAACGUACAGAAUAAAACGAGCCCAGGAGAACCAUCUGCAAACAUUGGCGGAAAUUAAUAUGAAAUAAGCGAUAAUCCGGAAGAUGCGAAAUGUGGUCAGUAUUACAUGCCUAUUUGUUUUCAUAUAUUUC